AUGGGCUUGAGCUCUGUGAAUAUGCAUGUAAUGUGUGGACACAAGCUAUUAUAGACCGUCAGCCGUUACCGAUACGCUCAGAACUGCAUGUAAUCAUUAAAAACACAUUUACUUGUGAUUAGUAGCGUGCUGCGGCAUUUGAGGGAGACCCUGAGAAACUUAAAGUGGACUGAAUAAGAUCCUCCAGAUAUGAGGAGGUCGAUUGUGUUGGCUGUGAUUUACAGUCUGGGAUGGACUUACCUGACCGAGGCUCAGUUUCCCCGAGUCUGCUGCACCGUGGAGGCCAUCGUGUCCAAAGAGUGCUGUCCCGCGCUGGGAUCGGAUCCGGACAACGUGUGCGGGAUUCUGUCCGGCCGGGGAAACUGCAGCGAUGUCCAUGUGGACUCCAAACUCUGGGGAGGACCGUACAGGUUAAGAAACGUGGACGACCGCGAGAGAUGGCCGACUAAGUUUUUCAAUCGGACCUGUCGAUGCUUUGGUAACUUUGCUGGUUAUAACUGUGGCGAGUGUAGCUUCGGCUGGACGGGGCCGAGCUGUGACCAGCGCAGGGCUGCUGUUGUGAGGAAGGACAUUCACUCUCUGAGCCCCGCUGAGCUGCAGGAAUUCCUGGACGUUCUGGAUCGGGCCAAAACCACCGUCCACCCUGAAUACGUCAUCGCCACACAGCACUGGCUGGGCCUGCUGGGACCCAACGGCACCGAGCCGCAGUUCAACAACAUCUCUAUCUACGACUUCUUCGUCUGGCAGCACUAUUAGUCUGUCCGAGACACAUUACUGGGUCCAGGACGUCCUUUUAAAGCCAUCGACCUUUCCCACAAGGGUCCGGCGUUCAUCACCUGGCACAGAUACCAUCUGCUCAGUCUGGAGAGAGAGCUACAGAAACUCACAGGUAAUGAGAACUUCGCUGUCCCGUACUGGAACUUUGCGACGGGACGGACGGAGUGUGACGUCUGCACAGACUCUCUGCUCGGAGGACGGGACCCCACUGACCCGUCCCGUAUCAGCCCGCGCUCCAGGUUUGCCCGCUGGGGAGUGGUGUGUGACAGUCUGGAUGAAUAUAAUCGUCUGGUGACCUUGUGUAACGGGACCAGCGAGGGAUCUUUGCUCAGAGGAAUCAUGGAGAGCACUAACGUGACUUUACCAACCAUGAAUGAUGUCAGAAGCUGCCUGAACCUCAGAGACUUUGACAGUCCACCAUACUUCACCAACUCCAGCUUCAGCUUCAGGAACGCACUGGAAGGAUACUACAAGCCAGACAGAGAGCUGGACAGCUCUGUGUUUAAUCUGCACAACCUGGUUCACCUGUUCCUCAACGGGACCAGCGCUCUGUCCCACUCCGCCGCCAACGACCCAAUCUUUCUGGUGCUUCAUACAUUCACUGAUGCCAUAUUUGAGGAAUGGAUGAGUCGCUCCCGUGAAAACACCAGCUUCCCAGAUGAGAUGGCCCCUAUCGGACACAACCGGCAUUAUAACAUGGUGCCCUUUUUCCCUCCUGUGACCAAUGAGGAGAUCUACGUCGCAUCUGAACAGCUGGGGUAUUCCUACGCCAUUCAACUUGAGAUGAGAUGGCCCCUAUCGGACACAACCGGCAUUAUAACAUGGUCCCCUUUUUCCCUCCUGUGACCAAUGAGGAGAUCUACGUCGCAUCUGAACAGCUGGGGUAUUCCUACGCCAUUCAACUUGAAGAAACAGACAGCAGGCCGGCCAUGUUUCUGCUGAGCAGCACACUAGGAGGAAUCUUCUUCGGUCUGCUCCUGCUGCUGCUUCUGUCGGUGCUGUAUGUGCAGCAGAGGAAAAGACGCGAGUUCGAGCCUCUCCUGAACGCAGAGUUCACCACCACAAAAUACACAGAGGAAGCGUAAUUCACAUCCACACACAUCAGCGGCCCUGUCCCAAAUCCUCAUGCCCUGAAGUGAAAUGGUUUUGGAACAGAUCCAGUGCAUGCAGAGCAAAACACAUGAAGAUGAUUGCAAAAAUU